AAUGCCCGCGCGCCAAACACUACAGACCGCGGUUGUAUGAAAUUUACUGCAAUAUUGGAGCCAGUGUUUUAACUACAUUUGUUUAGUUCUAUACAAUUUACCUGUACAUUUCUAAAUGACAAAAACUGGUGAUAUUAGCGGCGGGUCGUUGUCAUUUAUCAGUAGGCUAGUAAGCUAACUUAGCUCUCCACUCAUUUGUUUGCUAUCUUAGACCAGCUAGCCAGCUGGCUUAUGUUAACUACAUUUACUUGCCCUCUAGCUAAACAAGCUAGUUUGUUACCUGUUCAGUUGAGAUUCAACCUGGUAUUGUUAACAUUAACGCGUACGAUACGUCAAGCAAGCAAACAAUGUCACUGUCGUGCUCCUCGUCAAAAGACCCUUGGGAAAAUGGCAGAGGUGACAGUUUUUGUGUGGCCUCGGGCAGUGAUGCUGAUAGAGCUUCGGCAGAUGAUUCCUUUGUCCUUAAUAGAUCAUACCCGUGUGCGCUAAGGCCCGCCGUCAAAAAGAACCUUUCACUGCGAUGGUGCGAGGGUUCCACAGGUGAUUCCCAGAAUGGUCAUAGCUCUGUGGCCAUGAGAAACCUGCAGAUAUCCAACUUGCAUCGCCCAGAUUCUCCACCCAGAUAUCUUGAGCUGAGCCCAAGCCGGCUGGACGCUACACUGUUGAGGCAGCUGGCCCCUGAGGGCUCGGGGUCAACUGAACACUCUCUGGUGCAUAACCCAAACACGGCUGCCUUCACUGUGAAUCGCAAAACCACAGAGAUACUAGAAGUGAAUGAGCAGGCUUGCAAGCUGCUGGAGAUUAACAUGAAUAACCUGGUUGGCCAGAGACUGUCCAGCAUCCUGAGGACUAGACAGAGCCCAGAGGAUGCAUUGACGGGGGAUGUUCUGAAUACUGAUGGAAAUGUGCUCACGAUUUCAGGAAAAGUGGUUGAUGCGGUGAGCAAGUCUGGAGCUGAGCUUCCUGUGUCUGUCUGGACCUGCAGGCAGUCUCAUGACCCGACCCUCUGCUUGGUUCUGUUGGAGCCAGUGGAGAGAAUGUCAGCUCAUGUCUCCUUCUUGGAAAAUGGGAGCAUCAUCAGCUGUGACCUUGCCUUUGCCCAUCUCAGCGGCUACGGGCAUACCGAGGAGUUGACAGGGCUGUCAAUCAUGGAGCUGAUGCCAUCGCUGCACAUCCCCCUCCACUGCCGGCCCCUGCCCAAGAUGCACCGUGUGCAGAGACUGAGGGCCAGAGGUCGGGAAGGCACAUCUUUGCCUCUCUGUGUGAGACUUAAAGGUGCAGUGGCUUGUGGGAAACCGCUGGAGGUCUCCGUCUCCAAUGGGCACCCAGGAAGCCGAGUCGCCACAGGAAGCAGUGAUGCCAAACGUGUCUCAUACGGCUCAGCAGAUCUCUGCUCGUCAGAUUCUUCCCCUGAACAACCACAGCUCAGCUCCUCUUUUGCGCUCAAUACGGGAGAGGACUGUGGUCACAGCCUGGCGUCUCCGGGCUCAGGGCUGGUGUACUCUGGGACUGUGUGGCUGUUUGCUCCUCUCAGUGGACUGCUUACCCUCUCUCCCGAGGGACAUAUACAUAGUAUCAACAACUACUUUGCCUUGAUGCUUUUUGGGUACAGGAAGUCUGAACUAAUGGGAAAGAAUGUGACCUUCUUGAUGCCGGGGUUCUUCGAGUGGAUGCAGAGCUUCGACCACAGCACCAGUCCAGUGCCCCACAAGCACGAGGACACCUCCGAUCCUGCUAGUAAUAACUCUGACCCCAGUAGUGACUCUAACCCUGCACCUGGGAGGGCAGUAACCCUCUCUAGUGACUCACUCACUGGGAAGAGCAGCCGGGAGACUAAUGACCCUAACACAGUGCUGGCUGGGGACAUGGCCAUGGUCCAGCAGGCACUGCAGAGGAGGGUCUCUGGAGGGAAGGGCCGGAUCUUUACUGGGAACACGGACAGGCUGGAGGUGCCCAGCAGCGUCCCAUCCACCAUGACCUCACCAGCGGUCACCUCCACACAGCUGGACAGGCCAGAUGACACGGUGGAGCUGUUCAGGCAGGUAGCCGAGACGGCGGCGGCCUCCUCGUCCAGCCUGAGCGAGCACACGGACAGCACGCAGGCUCUCCUGCAGACCUUCGCCCUGGUCGAGUCCCAGGAGGUGUGGGGCCACAGGCCCUCCAGAGGCCCAGAGGAGACCGACUCGGACUCUGAAGAUCGGGCCGGGCACUCUGCCUGGCCAGCCACAGAGACCAAGCAGGCCCUGACCAAGCCCCGUGGGCCGUCUCGGGCGCAGGGACAGAAGGGGUCGGCCUCCCAUGAUGCACUGCAGGACUCCAGCUUCGAGGUGAUCUCUCUGGGCAGCCGCUCAUCCUCGGGCUUCUGCGAGCAGUGGGCCGGCGAGUCCGGCCCAGAUCGCCUGGACUGCACCCACCCACCGGCUCCUGCACCCUCCUCUGCCCCCGUUGACUCGGGCAGCUGCCUGCUGGACAUCGACUCCAACGGGGACGCGGUGACCCGGGCCCUGGGAGAGCUGGACCUUAGUGGCAGCCUGGAGCUGCCCGGGGCCAACGGCGACCUUGACCGCCUCAACCUCUCCCAGGCCUCCUGCGAUACAGCUGAGCUCCUCCGCACCCCAUCCCCUUUCGUGGUGGAGUCCGACCCUGAGGAGGAGAAGUCCCUAAACUCCAGAGCCGAGGGCGUUGAGGACAGGACUGGACCCACCCAGCAGUGGGACACCUUCUCUACACAUCCCAAUGGCCGAGUUCAGGAACUCCAGAGGAUUGGCCAUCCAGGUGAACAGUUACCAGGCAGCAACCUAGCAACAUCAACACCAAAGAAACCACUGCCAUACCAGCUGCAGAACAGAACGCAGACCAACUCAAACAGUGAGAUACUGGAGGGACGAUUUGAAGGGAAUUGCUACCACAGAGAUGGAACCAGACUUGAGGUUCAGUGUGAAAUCCGGCGGGCUACUCUCCCAGACAGCCGUCCCCUCUUCUGCAUCUGGCUGACCGGAAGACUCCCCCUUGGUGAUCAGCAGGGGGCGCCACUGAGCCCGCAGCACACAGGCAGCAGCCUGGCCUCUCCACAGGACGCCUCUAGCUACAGCCUAGGGGAGGCGAUCCGGGACGCGUGUAAAGGAGAGGCCCUUCGCUCCACCGCUGACCUGGAGCAGUCACAGGCCUGCAAGGGCCAGUUUGAGGACGAGUACAGACCACUGCGCGCCGUGGGCAAAGGAGCCUUCGGCUUCGUCUGGCAGGCCUGCAGGAGAGACGAUGGCAAGGAGGUGGUGGUGAAGUUCAUUAAGAAAGCCCGAAUAGUGAGCGACUGCUGGGUGGAUGACCCCGACAUGGGCAGUGUCAGUCAGGAAAUCGCCAUCUUGGCCCGGCUGGACCACCCCAACAUCGUCAAGGUGCUGGACGUGUUUGAGAACGAGCUGUUCUUCCAGAUGGUGAUGGAGAAGCACGGCGAUGGCAUGGACCUGUUUGAGUUCAUCGAGCAGCAGCCAUGUCUGGACGAGCCUCUGGCCAGCUUCAUUUUCAGACAGUUGGUAGCCGCAGUAAGCUACUUGCGUCAGAAAGGUAUUCUUCACCGAGACAUCAAAGAUGAGAACAUCAUUAUCAAUCAGAGCUUCUACAUCAAGCUGAUUGACUUUGGCUCAGCUACAGUGAUGGAGCCUGGAAAACUGUUCUACGCCUUCUGUGGCACCCUGGAGUACUGUUCUCCAGAGGUUCUGCAAGGGAACCCAUAUGAGGGCCCGGAGCUGGAGAUGUGGUCUUUAGGGGUGCUUCUGUACACGUUGCUCUUCAGUGAGAACCCCUUCUGCAGUGUGGAGGAGACACUGGAGGCCAAACUCAAGCCCCCCUUCCCCCUAUCCUCCGGACUGAGUGGCGUACUGGAGGGUCUGCUGCAGCCCCAGCCAGGCCUGCGUACCACCCUGGAGGAGCUGCUUGUUGAGCCUUGGCUUCGGCAGCCCAUCAACCUGGCCGAGUACAGCUGGAGCGAGGUGCUGCCCGCCAGCCACGAUUCGCAGAAUCACCAGGACACCAGUCUAAAGCCUCAUGAAAAUGUCCUAUCCCUCAAUUUGGAGGGCCAUCUCCGUUUCAACGAUGAUACCCCGCUCGAAGAUGAGCAUGAAGAGGAAGAUGAGGAAGAGCACAAAUCCAUGGCUGCCUUGGAGGCAGAGCUUCAAAAGUAUCUUUCUGAUGACUGAAAACGCUCGACCCGGCUGGUCCACUGUCAAGACACUCGAGCUAAAUAGAAUCACAAAAGAAAAGAUGUUUAAUGCAAAAAUUUAUUGCAGAUAUUUGGGCCUCUUUGAUGACAAAGUGAUUGUAACACUCCGUCCGUGCACCUACGGGAGCAUAUGGGUCCUGUGAUGUAAAAGACUAUCCUAAGAGACACUGGGAUCCCCAAGCCCAACACUCAGGAGCAUAGACUUUCCAUUAUUCGCCUAUCAGAUGGUAGUGCAGGGUGAAGGAUUAUCGCUGCUAGCCUAUAUAUUGAUGAUGAAAAUGGUCAUAAUAGGACAAAGUACGAUACAUCUUCUUUAUGAGGUACAUUUUGAUUGACUUAUUUUGUAACUAAAUGGGUGUUGUCAGUAGAAUGGAGGCUUUUAAAUAUGUUUAAUUACACAAGGCAAUUAAAAAAAUGGCUGUAGUCGCUAGUGGUAGUACUUCUACAUUCUGUUGGAUGAAAGAUGGCACGUGACUGUGGUCAAGCCUUGUGCACAGAGCCUCCACAAAGCCUUCCACAAGUUUGCAUUAUGGUGUUUUUAAAGAAAAUGUGUACAGUAAUUUUAUGGCUGUAAGUGGAUUAGCAUUUUAAAUUGUUGUAUUUCACUUGUAUUCAAGCAUCUUAAUCUUUUAAAUAUAUAUAUAUAUAUAUUUAUUAUAUGAAUAAAGGUUUAACCCAUCCAGCUUAUUAUUUCCCCAUGCCUAAAAUUGCUUCCAAAAAUGUAACUGAAUUUACUGAAUGUGCAAUGUGUUACAGACAAUUAUGAUACUCGAGUACAGUCUGUCAAUAAAAAUGAUA